AUGGCGACAAGUGAAGGUGAUAUGAGAAGUGAAGCCGAGGAUCGAAAAAUCAACGAAGAAUACAAGAUUUGGAAGAAGAACACCCCGUUCUUAUACGACCUGGUCAUGACUCAUCCGCUUGAAUGGCCGUCGCUCACCGUUGAAUGGCUCCCUGAUCUUGAAGAACCCGCCGGAAAAGACUAUUCCGUACAGAAGUUGAUUCUCGGGACCCACACCUCCGUCGGCGAGCCUAAUUACCUCAUGAUCGCUAAGGUUCACUUGCCUGUCAAAGACGCUGAAAUCGCCGUUCCUCAGUACGACGAUAGCCGCCCUGAUCUUGGCGGAUUUGGAUGCACCAAUGGCAAGGUACAAGUGAUUCAGAAAAUUAAUCACGAUGGAGAGGUGAACAGAGCUCGUUAUAUGCCUCAAAACCCUUUCGUGAUAGCCACAAAGACGAUAAAUGCAGAGGUUCAUGUUUUUGAUUAUCGCAUACACCCAUCUGAAUCUGAUCCACCUUCAGAAAGAGAAAAAGAAUGCAAACCUGAUUUGAGAUUAAAGGGUCACACUGCUGAGGGAUUUGGUCUUUCAUGGAGUAAAUUCAAGAAAGGUUAUUUGUUGAGUGGUUCUGAUGAUUCUCGAAUUUGUUUGUGGGAUGUUCAUGCAACUCCAAGAAAUAAGACUCUUGAUGCUAUGCAAAUCUUCAAGAUUCAUAAGGGAGUCGUAGAAGAUGUAGCUUGGCAUUUAAAGCGCGAAUACUUAUUUGGUUCAGUUGGUGAUGACAAAUACUUGCACAUAUUUGAUCUUCGAUCUCCAACAUUCACCAAACCUAUCCAAACCCUAAUGGCUCAUCAAAACGAGGUCAUGUCAUUAUCAUUCAACCCUUUUAACGAGUGGACAUUGGCAACGGGGUCAACAGACAAGACUGUAAAGCUAUUCGAUUUACGAAAACUUACGACUGCUCUUUACACAUUUAGUCACGAGGACGAGGUAAUUCAAGUUGCAUGGAGUCCGAAGAAUGAGUCAGUUUUAGCAUCUAGUUGUCUUAAUAGACGACUCAUGAUAUGGGAUAUUAGUCGGAUUGGAGAGGAGCAAGUGCCGGAAGAUGUGAAAGAUGGGCGACCGGAGUUGCUGUUUAUUCAUGGUGGACAUACGAGUAAAGUGUCGGAAUUUUCAUGGAAUUCAAAUGAAGAUUGGGUGAUUGCUGGUGUUGCUGAAGAUAACAUUCUUCAGAUAUGGAAGAUGGCUGAAAACAUAUAUCAUGAUGAAGAAGAUGAUUGGGCUGAUAUGCCUGAAGAUCAACCUGGCCCAUCUCAAAACAAAAAAAACAAAUAG